AUGCGGCUGUUGGCUACCAACAGCAAGGCUAGGGAGAAGGCACGAAUCGAGAUGCAGGAGACUUGCAGCAGGGGUUAUUCGGAGUCCCCAGAUCUGGAGUUUGAAUAUGCAGAUACCGAUAAAUGGGCAGCAGAGCUCUCUGAGCUGUAUAGCUACACUGAAGGGCCUGAGUUCCAGCUCAAUCGCAAGUGCUUUGAGGAAGACUUUAGGAUCCAUGUGCGGGACAAGAGAUGGACUGAGCUGGACAAGAACCAGCAUCGCACUCAUGCCAUGCGACUUCUUGAUGGGCUGGAGGUCACCGCACGGGAGAAGAGGCUGAGGGUUGCCCGAGCCAUCCUCUACGUUGCCCAAGGCACGUUUGGGGAGUGCGGCUCUGAGGCGGAAGUGCAGGCCUGGAUGAGGUAUAACAUCUUCCUGCUGCUGGAAGUGGGGACGUUCAAUGCUUUGGUGGAGCUGCUGAACAUGGAGAUUGAUAACAGCGCGGCUUGCAGCAGUGCCGUGAGAAAGCCUGCCAUCUCCCUGGCCGACAGCACGGAUUUGAGAGUGCUGCUGAACAUCAUGUACCUGAUUGUGGAGACGGUCCGGCAGGAGGCUGAGGGAGAUAAGGCGGAGUGGAAGACCAUGAGACAGACCUUCCGAGCAGAGCUGGGAGCCCCGCUGUACAACAACGAGCCCUUCUCUGUCAUGCUUUUUGGGAUGGUGACCAAAUUCUGCAGUGGCCAUGCUCCACACUUUCCCAUGAAGAAGGUGCUGCUCUUGCUCUGGAAGACUGUGCUGUGCACCCUGGGAGGCUUUGAGGAACUCCAGAGCAUGAAGGCAGAGAAACGGGAGAUCCUGGGCCUCCCUCCGCUCCCAGAAGACAGUAUUAAAGUGAUCCGCAACAUGAGAGCUGCGUCUCCACCGGCAUCGGCCUCUGACCUGAUUGAGCAGCAGCAGAAGCGAGGCCGGCGGGAGCACAAGGCUUUGAUUAAACAGGAUAACCUUGAUGCCUUCAAUGAGCGGGACCCUUACAAAGCUGAUGACUCUCGCGAGGAAGAGGAAGAAAACGAUGAUGACAACAGCCUGGAAGGAGAGACCUUCCCCCUUGAACGUGAUGAAGUGAUGCCUCCCCCCACCCAGCAUCCCCCCAGUGACCGUAUCACCUGCCCCAAGGGGCUGCCCUGGGCCCCCAAGGUCCGAGAGAAAGACAUUGAGAUGUUUCUGGAGUCCAGCCGCAGCAAGUUCAUUGGCUACACUCUGGGCAGUGACACCAACACCGUGGUGGGGUUGCCCAGGCCCAUCCAUGAGAGCAUCCGAACCCUGAAGCUGCACAAGUACACAUCGAUUGCGGAAGUGCAAGUGCACAUGGAGGACGAGUACCUGCGCUCUCCGCUCUCAGGGGUGAGUGUGGGGAUGAGGAUGGGACAAAGCUCCCUGGAGGGGAGCUGGGGGCGCUCGGUCCUGCCAGGCCUUCUGCCCUCUCUCCCUUCUCCCCAGAUUGCUCUGUUGAAGAUCCUCCUUGCUGCAGCCCCCACUUCCAAAGCCAAGACGGACUCCAUCAACAUCCUGGCAGAUGUCUUGCCGGAGGAGAUGCCGACCACAGUGCUGCAGAGCAUGAAGCUGGGGGUGGAUGUCAAUCGGCACAAGGAGAUCAUCGUCAAAGCCAUUUCCGCUGUGUUGCUCCUCCUGCUCAAACACUUCAAGCUGAAUCACAUUUACCAGUUUGAGUACAUGGCCCAGCAUCUGGUCUUUGCCAACUGCAUCCCACUCAUCCUGAAGUUCUUCAACCAGAACAUCAUGUCCUACAUCACUGCCAAGAACAGCAUUUCCGUCCUGGACUACCCAUACUGUGUGGUACACGAGCUGCCGGAGCUGACGGCGGAGAGUCUGGAAGCUGGGGAUAACAACCAGUUUUGCUGGAGGAACCUGUUCUCCUGCAUAAACCUCCUGCGCAUCCUGAACAAGCUGACCAAGUGGAAGCACUCUCGCACCAUGAUGCUGGUCGUGUUCAAGUCAGCACCCAUUCUGAAGCGGGCACUGAAGGUGAAGCAGGCCAUGAUGCAGCUCUACGUGCUGAAGCUGCUCAAGGUGCAGACCAAGUACCUGGGCCGGCAGUGGAGGAAGAGCAACAUGAAGACCAUGUCGGCCAUCUACCAGAAAGUACGGCACCGUCUGAACGACGACUGGGCUUACGGCAAUGACCUGGAUGCCCGACCCUGGGACUUCCAGGCUGAGGAAUGCGCCCUGCGCGCCAGCAUCGAGCGUUUCAACUCGCGCCGUUAUGACCGGGCGCACAGCAACCCCGACUUCCUCCCUGUGGACAACUGCCUGCAGAGCGUGCUGGGCCAGCGUGUGGAGCUGCCUGAGGAUUUCCAGGUCAACUACGACCUGUGGCUGGAGAGGGAGGUCUUCUCCCGGCCCAUCUCCUGGGAGGAGCUGCUGCAGUGAUGGCACCGCUGCGAGGACGACAAGGGAGGCAGGAAGGGGGUCGUUCAGGGAGAGACUCGAGCCUGGCCUGGGCUGGGCGCUGAGGAUGCUGCGGCCCCUCUCCAGCCGUGAGCUGAGGGGCAGGGGGGGGAACUUGAGGGGGGGGGGC